AUGUUGUUCGACGACUUGAUGAGCGAGGGCGGCCACAAGCAUCCGGUCGACCCGAUCCCGACUGUAAUCCCCGACCCAGUCACCUAUGAGCGAGCGGGCGGCGAUGGCUUCCGAACCCUCUGGGUCAUCUUCGUAAUCUUCAUCGCCUCCGCGGCGCUCUUCUCCCUCCAGGCAUGGCGAAUCCCCGUCUCCCGCCGCGUUUACCACGUCCUCACCACCGUCAUCACCAUCGUGGGCGCACUCUCCUACUUCGCCAUGGCCUCCGGGUCCGCCUCAGCCCUCAACUGCCACACCGUCACAGAGCACCACCACAAGGUCCCCAACACCCACCAUGAUGUCUGUCGCCAGGUCUUCUGGUCCCGAUACGUCGACUGGGCCAUCACCACCCCGCUCCUCCUCAUCGAGCUCGGCCUCUUGGCUGGUCUUGACGGCGCACACAUUGCCAUGGCCGUGUUCGCCGACCUCGUCAUGGUCUUUUCCGGGCUGUUCUCCGCGCUCGGCGAGAAGCACACCGCCCAGACCUGGGGAUGGUUCACCAUCGCUGUGAUUGCCUACAUCUUCGUGAUUUGGCACAUCGCCGUCGAGGGCGCCCUGGUCGCCAAGGCCCGUGGUGAGCGUCUGGCCAAACUAUUUGGCUCGCUGGCUGGCUUCAUUCUGAUUCUCUGGGCCGUUUAUCCAAUCAUUUGGGGUAUCGCUCAGGGCGGACAUCGCUUGUCAGUUGAUGCCGAGAUCAUCACAUAUGCUGUCCUGGAUAUGUUGACCAAGGUUGUCUUCGGAUUCUGGAUCCUCAUCUCCAACCGCCAGAUCCCCGAGACGAUUGCUGAAGUUGGAGGAUGGUGGUCUCACGGAUUGAACACCAAUCCCGAAGGCCGCAUCCGAAUCGGCAAUAGUGGUGAAGCCUAA